GAAUAAUAUCAUUGUCACCUUGCAUUAUCUUCUUGUGGUUAAAGAUAAAGUCUCUGUUAAUUUCAAUUGCAAGCCUUAUCCAUAUACUUUGACAAAUAGUUGCACAUCGUAAAUAAUAGUUCUAGAGUCAAAAAAGAGGUGAAAAUUCUCAUAUUUAAAAUUGUGGUUAAUCUAAUAUUCUUCUGUAUUCUAAUUGAAAGAAAUGUGAGGUGCCAUAAAUUAAAGUUACUUUUAAUCACUCAUUAUAUUUAUAUUCCGCGUUUUCUACUUUUCCCGGACUGUAUUUUUAAUCAACUCAAUUCGGCAAACUCAUUCUCCUCACUGGUCACUAUAAAUAUAUACUCCAUAUAAGGUGAUCAGUAGCUGAGAUUGCUUGAGCAGUUGUGACACGAGUCGUUCAUUCUUUUUCAAUUGAAACUUGGCGCUUUUAAAAAUUUAUAUUUUUAUUGCGUUUUUGAGGAGGCAAAAAUGAUCAUUCAUAAGACAACUCUUGCUCUCCUUUUAUUUUCCUUCUUCUUGACAGAGGCGAUAAAAUUUGAGGACUCCGAAAAAGAUUACAAAGAGUGGAAAGAAUUUCAAGAAUUUCAGAGAUGGAAAAAAUCAAAGUCUGGACGAGAAAAGGAAUUGAUCAGUAGUGAAAAUAGUGAUGGAGAGAAAGAGAAUACGCAAAUAAUUCGUGAGGAUGAUAAAAGUGGGGAGAGGAAUUUCGAGAAACCAAGAAAAAAAGAAAAUGAGAAGAAAAUAUAUGAGAAAUCGAAAUACUUUGAUAAGAAAAGAGUCUAUGACAAGAAAAAAGAUAACGAUAAAAAAAAAGAUUUUGAGAAAAAGAAACGUUAUGAAAAAAAGAGAGAAUAUGAAAGAAUAGCUCAAAUGGAACCAGAUGAAAAUGAUCGGAAUGAUCCACCACCAAUUAAUGAGGCGGCACUUAUGGCUCGGUAUAUCGUUAAUGAAGCGAAUUGGACAUCUGUAGCAACAAUUAGUUCGCGAAAGGAUAUAAAAUCAUUUCCUUCAGCAAAUGUUAUUUCGUUUAGCGAUGGUCUCGUUGGAAACGGAUCGGGUAUACCUUACAUGUUUCUGACUCCCUUGGAUUUUACUGCUCAAGAUCUUUAUAGAGAUAGUCGUGCUACUUUGAUGAUGACUUUGGCUCAAGGUCGAUAUUGCAGCAAGAAAAAUUACGAUCCCAUGGAUCCCCGCUGUGCAAGAGUAAUUCUUACUGGAAAAAUUAAACCGGUUAAAAAUGAUAGUGCUGAGAUAGAAAUCGCAAAGAAUGCAGUAUUUGGUCGGCAUCCAUGGUUAGAAAAUAUGCCUGCAGAUCAUCACUUCUUCUUUGCCAAAUUGAAAAUUGCUUCGAUCGCGAUGUUGGACACUUUCGGAGGGCCAAAAUUCGUAACUGUGAAGGAUUAUCUUCAUCCACCAACAUCAAAUACAUCAAGAGUAUUUCCACAGGUUGAAUUAAAGGAAUCGAGUGAUUUUGAUUUAGUCAGUCCCGAUGUACGUCUUGUAUAAGUGUAAAUAAAAAUUAUUUUUAUUUUACGAAUAUUUCAUAAUGCAUAAACAGGAAAAAGUGCAUUGUUUUGUACCUAUAAAAAUUUAUGCAUGAAUAUUGAAUGUUGUACGGGGUAUGUUCAAUUAUGUGAAGAUAAUAAU